AAAAUCAAACGAAAACAGACGUAAAUUUAGCAUCCUAGCAGCCAGAGCGUCUCCUCAACGUGCUCGUUCAGAAGACUCUCCAUGUCUAAUGUGACACAUUGGGGUGGAAUCGUGGGACAUUCGGUCACACAGAGCUAAGUGAAGGAUGGAUAGAGUGAACCGGGUUUUAAACAUCGUAAGACAGAUGUCUCCCAGGAAAAGGGAAAGAGGGUCUCAUUGGGAGGCGGAGAGCCCGGAGACCUGCGAGGAGAGUCUGUGCUCUCUCAGCCUUUGCAUCCGCGAUGAUGGGCCAUACUCUAAGGGGAACAAAGACUCGACGGGGCCAGACAACUUGCUCACAUCCAGAAGACAAAGCGUCCCAGAACUGCGUGGGGUUACACUGGUUGAGCUGAUUAAGAAGGAGGGAAGCACUUUAGGUCUCACCAUCUCAGGCGGAACAGACAAGGAAGGCAAACCUCGCGUCUCCAACCUGCGGCCGGGUGGACUGGCGGCUAGGGGCGAUCAGCUCAAUGUGGGCGACUACAUCAAGUCAGUCAAUGGCAUCAACCUGACCAAGCUGCGUCACGACGAGAUCAUCAGUCUGCUGAAGAACAUAGGCGAGCGUGUCGUGCUGGAAGUGGAGUAUGAACUGCCUUCACCUGUGCCAGAUAGUACCUCAGGUGUUAUUUCCAAGACAAUUGAGAUCUGUUUGCAGAAAGAGGGCAACAGUUUCGGCUUUGUUAUGCGAGGUGGAUCCCAUGAGGACUGGCACAGAUCUCGUCCUUUGGUGGUCACACACGUCCGACCAGGUGGUCCUGCUGACAGAGAAGGGACUCUAAAAGCAGGGGAUCGGAUCUUAAGUGUGGAUGGUGUGGUUUUACACAGUGCCACUCUCAGUGAUGCUCUUACUGUUCUGACUCAGUGUGGACAGGAGGCUCUGCUCCAGAUCGAGUACGAUGUCUCCAUCAUGGACUCGGUGACAAACGCUUCAGGUCCUCUGCUGGUGGAGAUUGCCAAGGCGCCCGGAGCCAAUCUGGGAAUCACUCUGACCACUGCCAUGCACAGGAACAAACAGGCCAUCGUCAUCGACAAGAUCAAACCCGCCAGUGUGGUGGACAGGUCCGGAGCGUUACACGUGGGUGAUCAUAUCCUGUCUAUAGACGGCACGAGCACAGAGCACUGCUCCGUCCUGGAGGCCACGCAGCUGCUGGCCAGCACUAUGACUAACGUGACCUUGAAAGUUCAGAAAAGUGACCACCCGCACUGCUGGGACCCCUGUGUGAACUACUGCCAUUCUCAACAUCCUGGUCACUGUAAGACAUCGACAUGGACCUCUGCUUCCAGUAACCCAUCCAGCUCUCAGGAUUACUGCAAAUCGGUAGUCUGCACUAACUUCUCUCCUGGGUCCACUACCACAUCAGGCAUGACCAGCCAGGGUUCCAGCACGCUGCCCCGGGCCGCUCCUCCCAUGAGCCCACGGAACUCUAUGCUAAAGAGACGACAAAGGAAAAAAGAGCACAAGAGCUCAUCUGUGUCUUUAGCCUCAAGUUCUGUGGGCCCUGGUGGUCAGAUAAUCCACACCGAGUCCAGUGAGGUCACUCUGAGAGGAGAUCCUCUAAACGGGUUUGGGGUUCAGCUGCAAGGUGGAAUAUUUGCGACGGAGACCCUCUCUGCACCCCCUCUUAUUCGCUUUAUAGAGCCGGACAGCUCGGCCGAAAGGUGUGGGCUUCUCCAGGUUGGAGACAGAGUCUUAUCCAUCAAUGGAAUUCCUACAGAAGAUGGAACGCUGGAGGAGGCCAAUCAGCUGCUCCGGGAUGCUGCUCUGGCCAAUAAGGUCACGCUAGAAAUUGAAUUUGAUGUGGCAGAAUCUGUUGUGCCUAGCAGUGGAACAUUUCAUGUGAAGCUGCAGAAGAAAAGAGCAGUGGAUCUGGGCAUCACAAUCAGUGCCAGUAAGAAACCAGGAGAGCCUCUUAUCAUAUCUGACAUUAAAAAAGGCAGCAUGGCACACAGAACAGGAACUCUGGAGCCCGGAGACAAGCUGCUGGCCAUAGAUAACAUCCGUCUGGAGAACUGCUCCAUGGAAGACGCCGUCGAGAUCCUCCAGCAGAGCGAAGACCUGCUCAAACUCAAAAUCCGCAAGGAUGAGGACAACUCAG